AUGGCAGGAGUUGUCCAACAGAAGCCUAUAGAGAAGGAGUACGAGAAAAAUCCAGAUAUAUCGCCCGAGGAUAUUAAGAAACUUAGAGAGUGGCUGAAGACACAGCCCCACUUGCCUGGAGAUAAAUUCACAGAUCUGGAUCUAUUUAUUAUAUUCCAUUGCUGCGAGAAAAGCCAGGAGGUUUCGAAGCAAGUGUUAGAUCUACACUACACCCUGAAAACACUAUUCACUACGUUCUUCAAGGACAGAAGGAUAGAUAAGAAAAUGGAGUUCACAAUAGAUAAAAUUCUGUUUGCUGCUCUACCUACACCGACACCGGAGGGGUACCGUGCAGCGUACAUGAGACUACUGGAUACGGACCCUAAGAAUUUUAUGUUCGCCGACUCAGUACGAGUGUUCAUGAUGAUGUUCGAACUAUGGCAGCUCGAGGAAGGCACGUGGCCGGGGUUUAUUAUAUUAAUAGAUAUGGACCAGGCUGUUAUUGGACACUUGGCGAGACUGGAACUGAUGCAUAUACGAAUAGUGUUGUAUUUUUUGCAAGAAGCCAUGUUGGUGAAAUUGAAAAGCGUGCACUUCCUUAACGCACCAUCGUUUAUGGACAAACUCAUGAUGAUGCUGAAGCCCUUCAUGAGCAAGGCCCUGGCGGAUAUGGUGCACAUCCAUCAGGUCGGGUCUGACACGCUCUACAAGUACGUCCCGAAGAAGGCAAUGCCCAAGAACAUCGGAGGAGACUAUAAGGAUUAUGAGACCAUCAAAAAUGAGCUGCUCAUUCGCCUGAAAGCCAACCAGAAAUUCUUUGAUGAGGAAGCUCUACGGAGAGUCAAUCAGAGUCUACGGCCUAGUGGCAAAGCGACCACAGUUGAAGAUUUAUUCAGUAUACAGGGUAGCUUCAAGAAAUUAGAUAUAGAUUGAACUACUAUCUUAACAAUAUAUCAUCAUUACAUAGUAUACAACAAAGUCUAAAAGUUUUUUUUAAUAG